AAACUACAGAUUACUUGUUUUUGCGAUAGUAUUCUGAACAUGCCUGAGCCAGCGAAGUCAGCCCCAAAGAAGGGCUCAAAGAAGGCCGUUACUAAGACGGCAGGCAAGGGAGGCAAGAAGCGUAAGAGGUCAAGGAAGGAGAGCUACGCUAUCUAUGUGUACAAGGUAUUGAAGCAGGUCCACCCAGACACCGGUAUUUCUUCCAAGGCUAUGGGCAUCAUGAACUCUUUCGUGAACGACAUCUUCGAGCGCAUCGCCGGAGAGGCUUCCCGUCUUGCCCACUACAACAAGAGGUCAACCAUCACCUCCAGGGAGAUCCAGACUGCCGUGCGCCUCCUGCUCCCUGGUGAGCUGGCCAAGCACGCCGUGUCUGAAGGCACCAAGGCUGUGACCAAGUACACCAGCUCCAAGUAAAGCGCUCUGCUGGAGACCUCCACAAUCAACGGCUCUUUUAAGAGCCACCCACUCUCUCGAAAUAGACAGAUUCUCCACAUUGUGCUUUUAAUGCAUAUCUUAGUCUCUCUGCUGCAACUAAAUGUACGAGCUAAUUCUCUUAAUGUAGGGAUGCCACGUCUUUGUCAUUUUUUAAUUGAAACAUUCGUUUGUGCUUACGGAAUUGUAGUCUUCCGAAAAACUGCUGCAGUAUAUUGUGGUUUGUGUGUACCUCUCCACAGAGCAGCACAAACGAAACCGAAAUGAAGUCUUCUACUUCAACAUCAUGCUGAAAUGCGGCUUGAAAUUUAUCACGAAAACGCAAAGCUUCCAUAAGAAGCUAUUCCUAUGCAAAGAUAAAUUUAACAUAAAUGAAAUUACUUUCUUACACUUCUGCAAUCUGGUAGACGCAAUAGAACCCUGUAUACUCGCACAACCCGGCAGAGGAACGGUUUUUACCCCCCACCCAUCACUUCUGAACUCUCGGCACUGAUCUCGACCAUUCUGAUGCAAUACCUUAAGAUGUGCAAAAUACGUAUUUAUAUGUAUUUAAACCACUUGUCAAACUACCUCUCUGAAAUGGUCACGCGCCAAUUUACCAGCGCCUUUUAUUUUUAUGUAUUUUAUUUAAAUAAAUAUACGUGUAUGUGUGUAUAUACAU